AUGCACUGGAAGGAGCUUCAAAUCGCAGUCGCCGAAGGCGUGCUCGUUCGACGGUGCAUGUUUAUGCAACCAUUCCGCCGCUCUGGCAACUACAUUCAGCAGCCGUGCGUCGUCGGCGUGCAGUACAAUGGCGAAAACCAAAUGCGUUUUUUUCAGGAGAAACUGAGCACUGCAAGGAACGCGUCCGUAGCUCGGUAUUCGAUUUCGAAACGCUGA